CUUGCCUCCCUUCCAUUAACGUGUUACUUACUCAGUCACCACCAACCGCGGCGGCAGCAGCAGCGUCUCAAACAAAUAAACCAAACCCACUCUUCUUUCCAUCAACAACAAACAAAGCCAAAACAAAUUAAUCACACCUCUCUCUCUCUCUCUCUCUCUCUCUGAAAGAACCCAACAACAGAUUCCAGUUCCAGUAUUCAUUCAAUCCCUCAUCCCACCUGAAAAACCUAGCAACAAAACCACCUCCAUUUCUCGCCGGCAACAAAACCCACCAUGUGUGGCGGUGCUAUCAUCUCCGACUUCAUACCUCCCACCGUUGGCGGUGGCCGCUCCUUCUCCAGGAAGCUCACUGCCGACUUCCUCUGGCCCGAUCUAAAGUCCAAGUCAGUCAACAGCCGCAAGCCCUACUCCAAGCCCGUCGUCAUAGAUCUCGACGAAGAUUUCGAGGCCGAUUUCCAGGGAUUCAAGGACGAUUCCGAUGUCGAUGAGGUCGACUGUGAUGUUGAUGUAUUGGCCGACGUCAAGCCCUUUGCUUUCUCUGCCGCACCUCCUCCCCCACCUCGUAAUUCCGCCAAUUCGCGCGGUUCUACAGCUGUGAAAUCUGCGGAAUUCAGUGGACAGGCUGAGAGAUCUGCAAAGAGAAAGAGGAAAAACCAGUACAGGGGGAUCAGACAGCGUCCUUGGGGGAAAUGGGCUGCAGAGAUUCGUGAUCCCAGGAAAGGAGUUCGUGUCUGGCUGGGAACAUUCAACACUGCUGAAGAAGCUGCCAGAGCUUAUGAUGCUGAGGCUCGUAGAAUCCGCGGCAAGAAAGCUAAGGUGAACUUCCCCGAUGAAGCUGCUCCGCGUGCUGCUACACCUAAGCUCUCCACAAAGACCAAAGCUCAGAAACCAGUUCCCAAGGCAACCCCGAAAUCAGAUGCCAUUUACUCAGAAUAUGCUGAGCAAGAGUUCUUCAACUCUAUGAGCUAUGUGGAAGAGAAACCAUCUCUGAACCAGCUCGGGAUGAUGAACACCUUGCCCUCAAAUGAAGAUGCUGGAGUCAACUCUACUGUUGAUGCUAGUGCUCCUAUGUACUUCAGUUCCGAUCAAGGGAGCAAUUCUUUCGAUCUUUCUGAUUUUGGAUGGACAGAACAGGACGGUCCAAGGACACCCGAGAUCUCGUCUGUGUUUCUAGCUGGGCCUGAAUUCAAUGAAUCUGCAUUCGGGGAGGAGGAUGCUAAUCCCAGCAAGAAACAGAAGUGCAACAACUCUGGUGGUGCUGAUAUCCCUCCCCAAGAGGAGAACAAUGGGAAGUCAUCUGAGGGAGAGGAGCUGUUUGGGUUUGAUAAGUAUCUUCAGAUGCCGUAUAUGGAAGGAGGCUGGGAGGCGUCCCUUGAAAAUCUACUUAAUGGAGACACCAUUACAACAACAACAAUGCAGGAUGAUGGGAGCACAAUGGGCCUGUGGAGCUUUGAUGACCUCGCCAACAUGGUUGGAGGAGCUUAUUGAGAAGGGACAUUCUGCUCCGCUGUUGUAAAUAAAGACUACCAUGUUUGGAGUUUGAAUGGGAGGUGAAAGAAAGAAAGAAGUCACCAAGUCAGGUUGGACAUGCAUAAGGCAAAUGUAAGAGCAGGAGUCUGUUUUGUUUCGUAUCGAGGAGCUUUUUGUGUUAGAGUACUGUAGUAAAUAGAUAACUACUGAUGUUGUUUUGCUAAGCUGUAUUCUAGAAAGAAAGACAUAAUAUCUUGGAGACAUUUUUAUGGACGUUGGAUAUGAUCCGAGUGUAAUUUGACUGCUAUGUGCAUGUGGUGCUGGAAAGGUAGAGAAGAAGCAUUGUAAAAGCUUCUGAACCUUUUCUCCCCUCCCCCAUAAUGUCUGACUAGUUCUUUCUGUUGUACCAGAACGUGGUAAAUGAAAUGCUGCUUUCAUUAUCCCGAGUGAGAAAUGUCUUUGCUACAACUGUAACGAGAUGAGAAAGG